UUGACGCGCGGCGAUUGGGUGAGCGAGCAGCUAAACUGUAUUGUACAGUAAAAAAGACCAAGACACCGAUAACAAAAACAACAGCUGCGGCCGCAUGAGGCCAAGUAAGGACACACUCGCACUUUUCGGGCUCACGCUAUAAAAAUUUCGGAUGUCACGAUGGCUGCACACUUCACAAUUUCCGACAGCGAGUCAGAGCCAUCGGAGGAGGUAGAGGAAGGAGAAAAUAACCAACCAUCCACCGCGCCGGAGCAACAGCUCCCCCAACGUCACUCCCUCACCCUACCUGAGCUCAGAAUGGCAGUGACCGGUCGAAUCAGACUGAACUCAGAGUCCCACGCUUCAACUGCCUCCAGAGACGAGGAGCUCCAGGCUAGGGGGGAAGACGAGGCCGGUACGCCCACCGACGGCGCUCCAUUCAGGGGGCGGUCCAAGUCCGCUCCGCCUGCUUUGUGGGCAGCCAAGAAAUACGGCCGCCAGCUCCGAAGGAUGAGUGACGAGUUUGACAGCCUGCUAGAUAAAGGGGAAAUGAAGAAGGUGAGGAGCGCUGGGUCGGCCAAACAGAUGCACCACUCUAAAAGUUGGUGGAGCUACCUCUUCAGUCACCAGGAGACGGAGGGAGAGAACAACCACCAUGAAAACCACACUCAUCGCACUGAAUAGAUACUGAGAGAGGAGCUUGAAUCGAUAGAAAUGGGAGGAAAGCAAUGGGGUCGCCAAGAGAACAAAAAGACCAGCUCUGAGAGAAGACAGAAGAAAGGUUGGUUUGAAUGAAAAGAAAGAGAUCCAAACACAAAAACAUGAACGGCGAAGUGUCCCGCCCUCGUCGUGUCCUUUUUAUAAGUCAUUGCUAACUACAUUUAAAUGAAUAUUUUGUACUGUGUUGGUCGUGAUGUUGACGGUAUUGCUGGGCACUGUGAUAUGGUAAAAGUCAGUCAGGCAUGAGGAUGAACUGUUGGCUAUAUGAACCCCAUAGAAUGGACAAAACGAUGAGCCGGGAGACGAGAAACGAUCUCUUUAAGACACAAAGAUACGCGUAUAAGUAGAUUGAAAUGGUGACCACUCAACUCGAAGUUGUCUCUCCCAUCAACACUAUGCAGUAUACUGUAGAUGGAGAGAUCACUGAAAUCAAAACACUGUUUGAGGCCACCUUGAAUGCUAUUAGAAUUUCCUUCCUAAUUCUCUAGAGGAAAUCACCAAUGUCGACGUGUUACUAAUGCUCAAACGUUUGUACUUAAACUCAUGCUUCUGGAGACCACUGUAAUUGUGUGCCAAAAUAAUCUGCAGGCAACAGAGGAAAGAGCGUAAGAGGGAAGGAUUUUUUAAAGUAUUCAACUCGGUCAUUUAUCCAACUUCCCGUUCUACUACCUGCAAGCCAGUACCAUUUAAAACAACUGUACGUGACUAUCAUUAACUGCUUUAUAUCUCAAAUUUAUCAACAAAGAAAGAACAAUCUUGUACAAGGACAAUCUCUGAUGAUGCAGAAAUAUUAUCUUUUGUAAAACUUCAGGGUUAGAUUAUAUCUGAGGACAUUAAACAUACAUAUAAAAGCACAAACCAAUAUGAAUCUAUCUUUUUAAAGCCGUGGAUGAGCAAAAAAGACUUUGGAACAUUUACGUGUAAAUAUUUUGUUAAUAUUUUAUCAAAUUGCAGGGGUAGGGGUUAUAAAGGACGUGGUUUAGCCAGAAUUUUAUUUUACAAGGUUACCCUGCUAUUUAAUAAGUUUGGCCAACCUAGCAAUAGGCAGUGUACAAUCCAUGGCUGUUGUGAUAAAUGUUAUGUGCAUAUUUAAAGAUGUGGGUGGGGAUGAAUUAACUGCUGUUAAAGGAGCCAACACACUAGCCUUUUUUAUGGAAGCAAGUAAGAGACAUUUGAAUUUUAACAGCCACUGACUACUUAAUAUAGCAUUGAAAUAUUUCACUUUGAAAACCAUUAACCUCAUUGAAUUAAAUAUUAAAUGUCUUGAUUUGUAAUUUCAAAUUCUGAAUUUGAAUAUUUUUGUGUGUUUUAUGUUCACAAAUUCAAGUCCAAAAAUGUGAGUGUCAGUAUUUAAAAAGAAAAUUAAGGUUGGUCAAAAUGCUCAAAUUCAGACCUAAAAUUUCAGGUUGAAAAUUUUAAAAUAGAACAUUGAUUUGAAUGUUGCAUCUGAAUUUUGAGGGGUUUUUUUUAUUAUUCGGAAACUUUAAUUUUAGGAUCUAAAUCAAUGGAAAAACAACAACAAAAAUAAUCUAAUUCACACUUUGAACUUGCAAUUAAAAAAAGAUCUUACCUGUAUUUCCAGGAACCAAAACGUUUAGGUACAUGGUUUUCAAGGGAAAUAUUUAGAUGUUAAGAAUUAAGUGGUGUUUCUAUUUCAUUAAGAUGUCAGUGGCUGUUAAAAUUAAAAUGCCUAUAUCUGUUAUUUGCUUCCAUACCUCUUGACCCAUUUGUUUACCACCCAAUUCAUUUCAAAGAUGAAUUUAGUGAGUCUAGUCACAUUUAAACACCAGUUGAAGGAAUUCAAACUCGACUUUUCCAAACGACUUGUGGAGUUUGAUUUGGAAAAUCAGUUUCAAGUUCUGUUGGGUUUGUAAGACUAUGAGGCUUCGUUCAGACUGCCAGCCCAAAUCUGUUUAAAUGUGGGCUGUUCACUUUAAUCUGCACAGAGGUGUGAAUAAAAUGGGAUCUUAAUCUAUCAGGCAUUAGGUGAAGGAGCGCUGAUCUGAUGCUAGAUUUGCUUUUUAUGUAUUAUAUUCAGGCUUUAACAACUAUUUGGCACAUAUGGCAUUUACAGGAGUUAUUAUUUAUUCAUAAUAAUUAUUACAAAGAUCAGCAUUUUUACACAGCUUGGUGAAUAUAAUUUGGCUAUUUGUGACUUGUUUUACUGAUAUGUGAUAUUAUUGAAAAUGGUUCUGGGUUUGUUCUUCUUGUGUCUUACUCUUCCUCUCGACUUGUAGGGUUGAGUUGUGAAGUGCUCGGGUGUGCAGGCUAAUUGGAUGCAUCUUUAUCGUCUUUAAAACUUUUAUUUUAUAGCUUUUCCUAAACUUGGUUAAGGAUCAUUUUUAAUCAGAGAGGAGACAAUCUGAAUGGCAACACCUUUUGCUAAGAUUCAUCCAAUUCUACCAUAUGUUUGGUAACAUAUGCUUCACCCUGACUGUGUAAGAUGAAUUCUCUGAAACAUUUUGCUGACCCUUUGAAUUGAAUACGUAUCUGAUAUAAAGCUCCCGAAUAUAUUACAGCAAUACAGUUAAACUGUGCUGUAACAUUUGAACUACUUACUCCUGAAAAAAGUGACUCCACUAUUUUAUUAUGUUGGAAAUCUCUCACACUACAACAGGGAAAUCAAGUAUGAGUGGUUAAGUAAUUGUACUGCCAUAAUAAGUAGUGUUUUACUUUGUAACAAGUCACUCCCAGUAGGUCUGUACCUGUACUUUGACACAAGUAGCACAGUUGAAUCAGCUGGCAGAGAACAUAUACAUAGUGCUGAGAGAUUGGGGCCAGAUAUGAGUAUGGAAUUUUAAAAGAGUGUAUCAUUAUGAACUGCCUUGAACAUGCUGUAACCUGUGAUGUAACACCGCAUAACCAGCCUUUGUCCGUUCACCCAAUAACCGCCUUAAACUUCACAGCUCGCUGUCAAAUAUUACGCUAAAACAAGCACAAUAACGUGGCGGUGCGUUCACUAUCACAAAUGCAAGAAAAACAUUGCAAUUGCUAAUGCUGGAAAAGCCAUUAUAUAAGAGGUCUUUUUAUGGUUUUGACUUUUUAACAGCUGUGGCAGUGAACGCACCCAGGUGGAAAACCAGCCUGGGCACCUGGAGUUUUGCAACCAUCCUUGGUAUUACUUGAAUCUGAAGAUGUGUGUGGAGAAAUUUUAAUUCUAAUAUUUCUGUCUUUUUCUUUUUCUUUUUUCUUUUUUUUUUUGUUUUACUUUUUUUUUUAGAUUCCUUUUCACUUUUUAAUGACUUUUGUAAAUUUUCUCUACAGCUGUGAAACUUCUGGUAUAUGCUGUCUUGAAUAAAUAAUUUUAAGAGUGA